AAUACCGCAGAAUAUCUUGUGAGUAUUCCUUCAGGUCAGACAGGGGAGAUAAAGUGUUAGGAAACGAGUUGUAAUCGAAUAGCUGAUUUUAUACAGCCAAUAGUGCAGGAGAAAGUAUCCAGCAGAAAUGUCCUUCAAUCCGGAACUUGAGAAGUUAUAUUCACCGAGCAUGUGGAGUAGGCGGUAUGGAAGUGCAGAAUUAAUAUCCAAGUUUGUUGAACUUUCUCAUAAAGUCGUGGACGAAGCACGGAAAACCAUUCCAUGCCAAAUAGAUAUUCCGUAUGGAUCGAGCGAACGAAUGAAAUAUGACAUCUACGGAACUAAUUUAUCAAAUGAUGCACCAGUGGUUAUCUUCAUUCAUGGUGGCUAUUAUCAGGAGGGUAGUAAAGAGACUAUCGGUUUUGGAAUACCGUCGCUCGUCGCGCAAGGAAUCAAAGUUAUUCUUCUUGGGUAUGACCUUUGCCCAGCAGUUAAAUUGGCGGAUAUAGUGGGACAAAUAAAAGUUGCCACUACGGAGAUUCUGACGAUCUCCAAAAAAAAUGAGGCAACCAAUGUUUGGAUUGUCGGACACAGUGCGGGGGCUCAUCUCGCAGCGAGUCUUCUUCAUGAUGUUGAAUGGCGAGCUCGCAUGGCUGAACGUAAUUUAUUGCCACUGCUGAAGGGUAUUGCUCUCUUUGGGGGUAUAUAUCAUCUCCGGGAUAUCCUGGACCUCAGCACCAAUGCGGUUCUACAGCUGACCGAGGAGGAGAUUAAAAAAUACAGCUUCAACGAUCUAGAUACAACUGAAUUGACACCUGUCGAGGGAAUAAAUGUUAUCGUCGGCGUGGGAGAGUGCGAUUCUCCGGAAUUCAUUCAAUCAUCGAAACAUUACGCUCAGCAACUUCUAAAAUUCGUGGAUAGAGUCCAUUACAUCUUUUUCAGGAACAGCACUGAUCAUUUUGACAUUGUCGAGAAUCUACUCAAUCCUGAUAAUCUAUUAACAAAACUUAUAAUCCAUAAUGUCAAACAAGAAGCUCUAUGAAAAAUAUUGUACUGAAGUGAUUUUCAAUGUUCAACUAAUCGACAAUCAAAUAAUAUGAUAGGAAUAUGAAGGUUCAUGAAUAAAAUACAUAAUAUGUU